UACUUCUGAUUUGAACUAGAUGAUGUAAACGAAGCUGGAAACGAAUAUAAUUAAAAGUAAUUUAAUUUAAUUAUCUGUAGAGGAUACCAAUGGUAAAUGGAAGAAAUCCAAGACAUCCUGAAGAUAACGUUUAAAAGUCUGAAGAAGAGAGAUGCGGACUUGAAGAAUGUGUUGGAUACACGUUGUCAAAAAUGCUGCCGGAAUUUAGUUCUUGAACAAAAUUUCAAAAGAGGGCCCCCUAGUGACCCACCCUCUGAACACCUCUCCCCUCCAUCCUCUUGGUCUGUCUACUCUCACUCCAACUACCCCGGUCUAUUGGUUGUGAAGGGAGCGUUCUCACCUGAUGGACUUACAGAUCUACUGAGCAAACUGCUGUUAGACUACCAAGUCAAGGAUACAUGUGGGGCUGAUGUUAGGUCAAAUCUAAGUUGUCUUGGAAUAACUUGCCCUGAAAGCAAAAGUUACUGGUCUACUACAGACGAUCAACAACAUCUUCUCAUUGAUAAACUCCGCUGGGUUUCAAAUGGCUAUCAUUUUGACUGGACUAAGCGAGAGUAUCGGACAGGGUUCAAGUCUCAAUUUCCUGACGAUCUGGCAGAUAUUGGUUACAGUGUCGUGAAAAGUCUGAGAGUCAGUAGUGACGUGAAGCCAGACUCAGCAAUAAUGAACUUUUAUCAUCCAGGAGAUACUCUCUCCUUCCACACAGAUGAACUUGAGUGGGAUCUGAGCAAGCCUCUUGUAUCGAUUAGCUUAGGUUUACCGGGAAUACUGUGUGUGGGAGGAACAACAAAGUCUGACCCUCCCAUCUCCCUCCUCCUCACCCACGGAGAUAUCAUCAUUCUGUCUGGACCCUCUCGUCUGGCAUACCACGCUGUACCUAAGGUCUUCACCUCAUACCAUGUGAGAACAUGCGAGCAUGAGGUGGUUAGUAGUUCAGACUUGAAAAGUGAGGAGGAUCACAAUGUUGGGUCGGAUGUACCGAUCUGGAUAAGUAAGUUUGUUGAUGGCUUGUCUUCAGACCGGUUAGAGAAGAUUGAUAAGUCCUUAUCUGCUGAAGAGUUGAAGGAGAGGAUCAGAAAGUUUUUGCCGAGGACAAGAUUCAAUAUCAGUAUUAGGCAGGUAGAAAAAUAUGAGUGAAUAAGCUACUUUGCGUCGAAAAUAAAUCUUUCGUGAUUCCAUUUCUUUAUUUGUUGGUAAAAUUGUUGCAUUUUUGAUCUUCGAUAUGUUAUGCAGUUUUGUAUGUUGAAUAUGAUUAUAUCAUAUUAAAGUAUUAAGUUCUUAAUAAUGUAAUAUACAGAUUUAAUUGAUAUUUUAUUAGUUCAUUUUCUUAUCAC